UGUCACGCGAACUCGCCCAUCACGCUCUUCGUUUAACCAUAUAAUCUUAUUUCAACAUUGAGGGUCUUCAAUGGUUUAUCUUCCUCCUCCGGAUAUUAGCCGCAAUCGCCCUUCAUACGCAGAAGCAUAUGGCAAGAUCUUGAAGGCCCAUCGAGAAUCACCUCUGACGUCCGCUUCCUCGGUAAUAAUGCUUGUCGCGCCCGACGUGGAUGCCCUUUGUGCCGCUCGCAUGAUGGCCGAGCUCUUUAGACAAGACGAUGUUAUUUAUCGCAUUAUGCCGAUAUCAGGUAUUGCAGAAUUGGAGAGGGUCAGAGACGAACUGAUCAGUUAUAACGAACUUCAUACUCUCAUUCUCUUCAACAUGGGUGGAAUUCUAGAUCUCCCGUCUUCAGAGUGGUUUGGUGAUUUUCGACCAGGAAUGUCGGUCCAUAUCAUCGACUCUGCACGGCCUCAAAACUUGUCCAGUCUUUUCGGAGGGGGAGAAAAUGGAGAGAGGAUUAUCGUAUGGGAUGACGGUAGUGCUGAGAGACUUGCAGAGGAACGGAAGGCGUGGGAGGCUCUGAUGUACGAACCGGAACCUGAUUCAGACGAGGAUGAGUCGAACUACGACUCUGAGGACGAAUUUGAUGAAUACCUGGAGGAAGAUGCAGAUGAAGAGUUUGAGGAGGGAAGUAGUGGAGGAAGGAAACGACGGUCUUUAGGGGACGGAAAUAGAAAGGGUAAAAGGCGUCGAACUUUGGAAGAUCAUCCUCGUCGAAUGUCUCGCGAUGAACGUGACGCUCAUAUGGCUCGACUCGAGAAACAUUACAUGGCUGGGACAUGGCACGGUCAGUGUGCUUCUGGCACAAUAUAUGUUCUCGCUACAUUAUUAGAGCGCGCGGACAUCGAUUUAUUAUGGUUUGCUGUUCUCGGUCUCACCUUCCAGUACACAACAUCACGUAUAUCACGCGACAAAUACGACGAUUAUCAGUCCAUCUACUCUGAUGAGGUCGUUCGACUGAGUCCUCCUCUCCCUCCAGGUGGACGAAAUACUGCAUCAUCCAACCCUGAUGACCAUGGCAUACGCACCACGGACGAGCUCCGUUUCAUGUUGUAUCGUCAUUGGACAUUGUAUGAUGCAAUGUUCCACUCCAGCUAUGUUGCUGGAAAACUGGGGAUUUGGAAGGAAAGAGGACGAAAGAAAUUGACUGGGCUAUUAGCGAAGAUGGGAUUCUCGAUACCGCAAACCCAGCAGCCAUAUCCGCACAUGGAUAUGGAUCUCAAACGAUCUCUCGUCCAGAAAUUGGACGACAUCGCUCCAGAAUAUGGCCUUAUUGAGCUCUCAUACCCUUCCUUCAUGAAGUGUUACGGAUAUCAAUCACAACCGCUGUCCGCUGCCGAUGCCGUGGAAGGCAUCAGUGCACUCUUAGAUCUUGCCGGUGGAGUGAAGAUGGAAGUCGAAGUUGAAGGCUCGCGGAACGGCGGGGAAUGGUUUGGUGGAGGAAAAAUUUGGGAGGUUCACAGUCUUUCAACGAAGAGAAGGUGGGCAGUUGAGGAAGACCGUGAAAACAUUCCCCCAGAUGGUCAAAAUACAACUGUCGCGUCGAAUGUAAGGAAGACGGAAGGAGAAAAUAACAUUGACGGCUCUAAGAAGGAAGUGGCUUGGUGGAUACGGAAUUUCUGGGUGGCGUUCGAUGCUCUUGCAGACAUCGAAGCACUUAAACAUUCAUUAAAACUCUCAAUGACCCUUCACCGUGCUAUAAUUCGGCAAGGGACCUCAAUUAUUGAUAAACAGGACAUUCGUACAAUGCGCAACCAUCGCGUCGUUGUCUUGACGCAGGGCCCUGACCUUCCUCUUUUCUCUCACCCAGGAGUUCUGUCACGACUAGCUUUAUGGCUAGUGGAUGCCCUGCGCGACAAAUUACCUGGAAAAGUUGUCAGCACCCGUACGAAACGCAAGAGUUUACCCUUCGUGGUGGCUUGUUUAAACGAGGCUUCAAACUUAUACAUUGUUGUCGGUGUCAUGGCUGCUACAGACUUCGGCGACGUGCGGAAAAACGAGUUCGGUCUCGCCUUCCUGGAUGCCAAAGAACGAUGCAAUGCUCGAACUCGUCAUAGUUCGUUCGACACAAGUAUACUGGAAAUCAAUCAGGCUGAUUUACCAGUAUUCUUGGAAACACUUUGUGAAGGGUCUGGGUAUUAAUGGAGAGUGCAUCUGAAUUUUAAUAAUUUAUAACGUUCCUCGCAUCACCCGCAUUUGCUCUCUUUAAUCAUUUGUUGUACUACUUGUAAUCACA